UUAAACACCGACACAUAUAUAUAUUCACGGUCCGAAUUUGACCCCUAAACCAAUACAUCCUUAAUCGAAUCAAAACCCAUUAAUAUUCUCACCGGAAUAUGCCAUCUCGUUACCACAACCAACACGACGGCGGUUCUCCACCGCCGCCAAAACCAAACCAGAAACUCAUUUCAAUGUUCCUAAAACUAAUAAUAAUGACAUCAAUAACAACCCUUUUCUUCUUAUUCCUGGGCAUCGCCGCCAUUAUUCUUCUCCUCGCCACCGCCGCUCUUCACCGUCGUCACACAACCAACCACCACCAGCGCCACCAGGACCAGGAAUCAUCAAAUUCAUCAAAUGGGCUGUCUUCAAAGGAGCUAAAAAAGCUUCCCCAAUUCAAAUAUUCAAGAAAAAUUAAGCCUGAAAGUGAAGGUAUUGAUUGCUGUGUUGUUUGUUUAGAUGGGUUCAGACAAGGCCAGUGGUGCCGGAAAUUGGCCGGCUGCGGCCAUGUUUUUCACCGGAAAUGUGUUGACAAUUGGCUUGUUAAGGUUUCUGUUUGUCCUAUUUGUAGGAGUAGGGUUUGUGAUGAUUCUGUAUUGGAAGAUAGUCCUUUAUGGGGAUUUAGACAUAUUGUUGGUUCUAGAUAAAUGUUUUUUAAUUUUAACUUUGUAAUAUAUUUUGAUUAGAAUUUUGAAAUUUGCAGUUA